AUGAUAUCACACAAUGUAGUUGAAUUAGUGCGUUUUAAUGACACUGUAUUACGAAUCUUAUGCGUGCCGACUGUGGUUGUCACUGUAUUCUGGGAACAAACCGCUUUGCUUAUCAUGGCUGAAAAACGGAGCACUGGAAGUCGAUCUAAGUCAAAAAAGUUGGCAGAAAGACCCGGGACUCUGAGCAACCGCGAUGACUUGUCGGGCGGUCUUAACGAAGCUAUGGCCGGUGGUAGUGGCCAAGUGGAAAUGAGACGUGGUCGCCGAUCGACAGUGAGGCGCAGGUCGAAGAGGCGCAGGAGCAGGUCACGGUCCGGUCGCCGUCGGGGCAGGAGACGCAGCGUUGGCAGUGCCGAAGAAGACGACUACGACACGACCACAGACGCUGAGGAAGACGACGACUCGUCAGCGGUGGACGCGUCGUCCAGGAGGAGAUCAAGAAGACAGAGGAGGCGACGUCGCCACCAAUAUCAGGUCAGUAGUGGUAGCGACGACGAUGACGACACCGAAACAGAGGCCACCGACGCGACGUCCACCGAAGACGCUUCGUCGUCCAGCGGUGGCGGUGACGGAGGCGGAGGAGGAGGCGGAGGAGGAGGUCCUCGAGCAGACGGUCGAUGGGGUGCAAAAAGAAGAGGAGGAGAAGGAGGAGAAGGAGAAGCAGUUGCUGUGUCACCGGCUUUGAAGACUCCGCGAUCGAAGUCGAAGAUAUUUUGUCCGACGACUUGGGAGAG